UUUUUGAAUGGUGUUAUAGGUGAGUUAAGAUAGGCCUACGUUUUCUUAUAUUGCACAUUCCAUACGCAAAGACAAAGGGAGAUAUUGCAGCAUUGCAAAGGCUGUUCAACCACACCUUGUUUUGAUUGUCAAUAUUACCAACACAUAUUCCUCCUGUGAGCAUAGAGGCCCAGUUGGUGCUAUUCCACUGAAAAUCUAUGGAAGAUUGCUAGAUCCUACUCCCAUCCCAUUUAAUGUUUCAACACAAGACAGGAAACCAGUGCAGGGACCUUAACAUUGGAGUAAUGUGGUCUGUCCUUUUGGUUCUGUUAACAAGAAGCUUCCUUUUGUAAUUUGGCUCAGUUUAAAGCUGUUCUGUGGUCCUUUAUUGAGAACACAAGACCUCUAAGUUUAUCAAUAUUUUAAGUAGACUGAAAGUGAUUGAAGGAGAUAACCAGAAACAUAGAGCAAAAGAAAUCUGAAAAAGCUGUGGUGACAUCAAAACGUCAGUGACUGAAGUUUACACCAAAUAAAAGGCAAAAGAUUAAGUUACAGUGAAGUUCCAGCUCUUGCUCUUCUUCACAGAAAAACAAGACAACGUCUCUCUUUCCUUUUGAAAAGUUUGUGUUCCACUGAACUUUGUCCAGGCUGCGGAAUGGAGCGAGAAGGGGACAAAGUUCACACGGUAGGACCGACGGGAGACUGUGUGUGUGUGCGUGUGUGCUUAUGCGUGUGUUUGUGUGAGUGUGUUUGUGUGUGUGAGUGUGUGUGUGUGUGUGUGUGUGUGUGUGUGUGUGUGUGUGUGUGUGUGUGUGUGUGUGUGUGUGUGUGUGUGUGUGUGUGUGUGUGUGUGUGUGUGUGCGUGUGCGUGUGCGUGUGUGUGUGUCAAGAAAGGAUAAAAGGAAAACAAGGUUUUAAAAAAAAUGUCCCUGACAAGCCAACAGCAGGUGUGCAGACAGGAGCAGUAGCGUAGUAGGAACGCCAGGUGAGAAAGCCAAACAGAAAAUGAAAUGAAACUAUAUAGCCACGGGUGACAGAAGUAGGCUUACAGAACUAAACAAAACUACUGUAUAACUGUAUACAGACACAGGUGAGUUGCUGCUUUGAUUGUGGUCUGAAUGUGUGUGUGUGUGUGUGUGUGUGUGUGUGUGUGUGUGUGUGUGUGUGUGUGUGUGUGUGUGUGUGUGUGUGUGUGUGUGUGUGUGUGUGUGUGUGUGUGUGUGUGUGUGUGUCCAGCAUGUGACCUUUGAACUGCCAAAGCAGUCUGGAAAAGGCAGCACCAAGGCAGUAAUUGUCCAUGAAAAGCAUACUGGGUCAAAUGCAUGUGACCACGGCAGUGUGUGAAUGUGUGUGUUUUUUUAGUGUUUGUACAGUAUGUGUGUGUUUACGUCUCUUUGAUUUUGAUUCUUCCCGAAUACAUCCAGACACCGGGAGUCCCAGUAGCACCAUCCUUUUGACUUUUUGUCCCCCCUUCAUGAAGAAGACUACUACUACUACUACUACUCUGAAGGGGCCAUUGAAGGAACAACAAUCAACCAGACGCGUAAUAAGCAGAAAAGAGAAUGGAGGGAACAGAGGACAGGAGAGAAGGAAGUAGUGGCCUUGGCACCUCCGGCUCGUCGGGACGUCUCUCUGCCCUCCAGGAGCAGCUGAUCUGGUCCCUGGUCAGCUCGGGGCUGUCUCGAGAGGUUCUGAUCCAAGCCCUGGGGGAGCUGGAGGAGGAACGCUCUGCUGCUGGAGGAGGAACACCAGCUGACCUCGGAGCAGCAACAGGUGGUGGCCACGGUGGUAACGGCGAUGGCAGCUGUGGCAAUGGCGGUGGUGGCGGUGGUGACAAGGGGGACAGAGGAGCAGGAGGAGGAGAUGGCGACAGCUCGGAGGAAGGCGAGGAGUUCAUGCCUCCGAUUUACCGGGAGCUGGAGCGCAUGCCACCCGAGGAGGCCGCCCGACAACGCUCCGAGGUGGACCAGCUGCUGCAAGAGGACCCAUGGCGAGUGGCAAAGAUGGUGAAGAGCUACAUGCAGCAGCACAACCUUCCCCAGAGGGAGGUGGUAGAGUCCACGGGGCUGAACCAGUCCCACCUCUCCCAGCACCUCAACAAGGGCACGCCCAUGAAGAACCAGAAACGCGCCGCCCUCUACAGCUGGUACAUCCGGAAGCAGUAUGACAUCAACCAGCAGUUCACUAAUGCAAGUCGAGGCAUGGGCUCCGGGGAGGAGGUAGUUCAGGAGGGGAGGAAGAGACGCAUCAACAGGUUCAAAUGGGGACCGGCCUCCCAACAGAUCCUCUUCCAGGCCUACGAACGACAGAAGAACCCCAGCAAGGAGGAAAGGGAGAGCCUGGUGGAGGAAUGCAACCGAGCAGAAUGUUUGCAGAGGGGGGUGUCACCGUCACAGCUGGCUGGUCUGGGUUCUAACCUGGUGACGGAAGUGCGCGUUUACAACUGGUUUGCCAACCGCCGCAAAGAGGAGGCCUUCCGCCACAAGCUGGCUUUGGACACACCUUCCGGUAGCCAAUCAACAUACAUCAGUGCUCCGCUACCUGCCAGCCCUGUGCAAGGGCUGAAGUAUGUGCAGCCGGUGAGCUGUGACAGUAUGGUGUCUGUGAGGGAGGCGUCAGGCGGUGGGGAGCUCAGCUCGGCAGCAGCACGGCUGACCGCCACUGACCAGCUGGAGCCCAGCCACAGCCUUCUGGACACAAACCACCACAAGCAGGUGUCAGGGGGAGGCUCUCUGCCUCCGGUCAGCACCCUGACGUCUCUGCACGGGGUCUCCAGCUCCUCUGCCCACCACCACCACCACCACCAGGGCCUCAUCAUGGCCUCCCUGCCCAGCGUCAUGAGUCUGGGGGACUCAUCCCUAUUGAUCGGUCUGUCCUCCGCUCAACCACAGACAGUACCUGUCAUCAACAAUGUAGGGGGCGGGUUUACCACUCUCCAGCCAAUCUCCUUUCAGCAGCAGCUGCACUCUUCGCCUCAGCAACCAAUCACACAGCACCUCCAGGGACAUCUAGCGCCCAGUUCCUUCAUGGCAACCAUGGCUCAGUUGCCCUGUCACAUGUACAGUAAAUCAGAUCUCCCCACCUAUCCAACCUCCAACAUACUGCCCCAAGCCAUGCUCAUUGCCGAGAGCAGUAGUAUGGGUACUCUUACCAGCCUCACAGCAGUAAGACAGAUACUGACUUCAGACCCUGAUGAACAAGAAGGGGCGAUGACAGAGGACUCUUUGCACCUGCAGUCAAACUCACCUGUACCAGUUUCCUCCGGUGGCUUGGAUCUCUACCAGUCAUCUCAGUCCAGCGAGUCCCACCACCCGACCCACCUUCUCCCCUCACCCCAAGCAGACAUCGACCCCUACAUCCCCACGCAGAUGGUAUCUACUGCACAGUAGCCACUGCAGGCGAACAGUUCACCUAGCCCCUUUUGGGGGCAGAGAAACCUGGAACAAACAACACACCAGCUGGAUGCUGCCUUACCUUUCAGACAUGGGAGAGGGAGGGAGAAGGGAGACGUGACCCACCUCUACUACGGAGAG